AUGGCCACUAACCCUCCAAAGCUAAAGACUGCGGUCACUGCCAAUGAAAGGCUACAAAACUUGAAAAAUAGUUUUGAAACAAAGUUUGGAGGAUCUCCUCUCUUCUAUGCAUGUGCACCUGGAAGAGUCAAUCUAAUAGGAGAGCAUAUCGAUUACUGUGGCUAUUCUGUUCUUCCCAUGGCCAUUGAACCGAAUAUCAUGGCGGCCGUCUCAGUGAACAAUUCAGGGACAAUCAGACUGGCCAACACAAAUCAUCAGUACAAGGAUUUCACUGUGUCGUGUUCAGAGGACAUCGCCAUAGACAGAGACAAUCCAAAGUGGCAUUAUUAUUUUCUCUGUGGAGUGAAAGGUAUUCAGGAGAAGUUUGGGAUUGCUCCUUUAGCCGGGAUGUCAUGUGUUGUAGAUGGAACCAUUCCUCCCAGCUCCGGCCUCUCCAGUUCUAGUGCCUUAGUUUGUUGUGCCGGGCUCGUAACAAUGGAGGCAAAUCAAAAGUCCCUCUCCAAGGUGGAACUGGCUGAGAUUUGUGCCAAAAGUGAGCGCUACAUUGGCACAGAGGGAGGCGGUAUGGACCAGUCCAUCUCAUUCCUGGCAGAGAGAGGAACUGCAAAGCUGAUAGAGUUCCAGCCUCUGCGGGCCACCGAUGUGAAGCUCCCAGAUGGGGCCGUGUUUGUGAUUUCCAACUGCUGCGUGGAGAUGAACAAAGCUGCUUCUUCUCACUACAACAUCCGAGUGGUGGAGUGUCGAAUCGCCACAAAGAUGCUGGCCCAGGCGCGAGGUCUGGACCCGUGCAGGCUGUUGAAGCUGGUGCAGGUUCAGACGGAGCUGAAGGCCUCCCUGGAGGAGAUGCUGGCUCUGGUGGAAGAAGUGCUGCAUCCUGAGCCGUACAGCCGAGAGGAGAUCUGCAAGGCGCUGGGCGUCACCGCCGAGCAGUUCUCCACUGAGCUGCUGAGCGCCAACACUCAGCAUGUGAUGCAUUUCAAGCUGUACCAGCGAGCCAAGCACGUGUACGGUGAAGCUGCGCGGGUGAUGCGCUUUAAGAGCGUGUGCGACUCUGAACCCGCCGGGUCCGUAGGGCUACUGGGAGACCUGAUGAACCAGAGCCAUGCAAGCUGCAGAGACCUGUAUGAGUGCAGCUGCCCUGAACUGGAUCAACUGGUGGACAUCUGUCUGAAGUCGGGGGCGGUUGGCUCCCGGCUGACAGGAGCAGGAUGGGGCGGCUGUGCCGUCUCCAUGGUUCCCGAUGAGAAAGUGGAGUCUUUCUUACAGGCAGUGAGCGAGGCCUACUACCGCCCCGAUCCACGCAGAGCAGCGAUGGAAAAACAGAGUUUGUUUGUGUCAAAGCCGGGUGGGGGAGCCGCAAUUUUCCUUGGGGAGUAAAAUGUUUCAUCCAUAUCUGUUUAUACAACAAUGAUUCAUUCAGAUACACUGCUGCAGGGAAAUACAUUACAUUUGUUUACACUUACACUUGAUUCAGAAGGCACUUACAAAUGACCAAAAUAUAAACUCAACUCUACUGUUUACAAAUUAUUCUGGGAUAUAAUGGCCAAAAUUGCUGACAAUGGUGAAUUAUGUCUUACAAAGGGAAUAUGCUUUUUAUGUUUUAAAUCAUGAAGGUUUUUGUAAUAAAUUGAUUUUGUACAGCUAAAUCACUGUCUCAUUGUUCGCCUCAAAAAAGAAAAGAUGACAAAUAAAAUAACAAUCAUGUUUAA